AUGAGGAAUGAAUCGUGGCAGAAACAGAAGCAACAAUUACAGAAACAACAACUGCUGCUGCAAAACGUAAUCUCCAGUCCAAACUAUCAGUACGGAACUCACCACAGAAGGUCUCACUCCAUAGACUUGAGACCUCACGAUAGUGAAAUAUCGGUACUAUCGUUGAUGCCCUCUAUGCAAAUCAGUACUAGUUCCUGUUCCAGUUCUCCAAAGCCUCCUGAGCAACAAGUUCUAAAUAGGCAGCAGGCUCGGAAACAGAUAAAUGUUAUUAGGAAUCCUCCAAAAGAAUUAGUACCACUUACACCAAUCAUUGAUUUGGACAGGAUUACAGAAGAGUUUAAAAAGGGCAGAAAGGAAUUAUGGCAAAAGGAAAUGGAUUGGUAUAAGUUUCUAAAAGAGAAACCAGUUGACACUGAUAUAUACUUUAGAAAUCUGAGUUCAUCCAGCAAUUCAAGUUUGCCAAAAUCUUCCGAAAUGCUAUUAGAUAAGUAUAAUUCAUGCUACAACUAUGUUGGUGGUGAAGAUGAUGAUGAUGAUGUUGAGGGAGAGAAGGAUGAAAAGGAUAUUCAGAUUGGGCUGGCAUUUACCAGAGGAAGGCUUAAAGAUAAAUUAUUGACAAGAGCAUUGAGCAAACUAAAGAUCAAAUUAGUUUAA